AUGAAGGUCCCAACCAUCUUGGUCGGCUACAACGUCAACAAGUGGCGCCUGUCGGAUGACUGUUACACCACCGACGGUGAAACCCUGACGUUCCCUUGCGGUCCCAGUGGUUGUUGGGACGCAGGAUUUUUGCCAGAGUUUUGGGAACGUCGGGGGAUCUCUCGAUCGCUCCUGUGGUGUCCUUCCCUCCUACAAAAGCUCUCGCGACAUAAUUGCCGGUCGAAUGCGUCUCCUAUCUUGGUUGAUAAAUGUCUCGAGGAACACCCUUGA